AUGACUGUUAACCGUCCCCCAUUGCACCGCCCAACGGAUGGCCGCUCGCAACAACCUUUACUCAAAGAUGACCAACAUGGCCGCCCAUCAAGGUCAAGUUACGAUAAUGUUGAUGCAGAGGACCGUCCCAUGUUGCACCACACCCGCCGCCCUACCAUUCGGAGUAAAAGCCCGGAAAACGAUGCCGCCCAAGCAACCCGCAAGAAAUACUUGAUUGCCUCGGGCUUUUUGUUACUAAGCUUGGCUAGCUUUGUCAUUCAGACGGAGACUGCCGUGUAUAUCCAGCAUGAGUUGCAUUGGGAUAAGCCGUAUUGCAUGCUCUAUAUUACCCACGGCUCGUGGAUAUUGCUCUGGCCGGUCCAGUUGCUUAUCCUCCGAAUCCAGAAACGCAAGCUUUCAUGGGAAGCAUUUUGGCGACGUCAUGUCUCCCUGCUCCGAAGUACUGCCCAGAUGGUAGAAACCCAAGACGUUCAUCUCGCCUCUCGUGGCUAUCAACAUUCAGCAGUUCCAUAUAUGUUGAAGACGACUGCUUUUGUGACCAGUGCACUGACAGUCGCUGGUGGGUCGUGGUACGUGGCUGUUAAUUUGACGACAGCCAGCGAUUUGACAGCGAUUUACAACUGCUCUGCUUUCUUUGCAUACGCGUUCUCAAUUCCUAUUCUGAAAGAGAAACUACGUCUUGACAAGGUCUUUGCUGUCGGUGUGGCAAUCAUCGGUGUGUUGGUCGUGGCAUAUGGUGACCGACCAGAUAAGAAAGUGUCAAAAGGUGGCACCGCGAAAGAAGAUGGUGAAACUCAAAGUCGAUUAUUGGGUAAUAUUGUCAUUGGCGUUGGUAGCAUCCUUUACGGACUCUAUGAGGUUUUAUACAAACGAUAUGCUUGCCCUCCAGAGGGCACAAGUCCUGGCCGCGGUACAAUCUUCGCCAACACUUUUGGCAGCCUGAUUGGUGCAUUUACUUUAACAGUUCUAUGGAUUCCGAUUCCUAUUUUGCACUAUCUGGGCUGGGAGACAUUCCGGUUCCCUACCGGCGAGGCGGCCUGGAUGCUCCUGAUCUCCAUAUGUGCCAAUGCCAGUAAGUUUGUCGUGCACUUCGAAACAAUUGGAUAUUAUGCUUACUCUGACCCAGCAUUCUCUGGAUCUUUCUUGGUUCUCAUCUCACUUACUUCCCCGGUUCUCUCGUCAGUUGCUGCGCUUCUGACCAUUUUCCUUGUCGCAAUAGUCGACUGGUUCCGCACUGGACAACCACUCUCCUUUGCAGCUAUCGUAGGAGGCAUCCUUAUCAUGGUUGCAUUCUUCCUAUUGAGCUGGAGCACAUAUCGCGAGCUCGCAGAGGAACGGAGGAAACAUCUUGAGAAUGAUCAAGUCGAAUCAGAAAGUGACGAAUAG